UCAACAUCAAACUCGAACGUGUCCAUCCGUAUUUCGUUUGUGUACUAAUGUACACUCAUUAUGUACACUCACUUGUGUGAUUGGUUUUUCUCUUGAUAUGUAGCUUUCUCACCAACCUGUUUUCUAAUUUCUAUGAUUUACGCGCGAAUUAAAUCAUUGUUAACACUUGUUUACAAAUAAUUUCCAAAUGGAUUGAGUGAAACUUAAAAAAAAACCUUAGUGCUGUCACUGUUUGAGCAUGGCACGUGCAUGUGACAGGAUCUUCAUGUCAUAUCAGUAACAGGAACGUGUCAAUUCAGCUUCAGGGAAGGAAACAUUUUCACAAUUUUAUAAUAAAGAAAAUAACUCAGAGAUGUGGCUAACAACUAGUGAAUCAGCUAGUCUAGGAGCUGAAGAAGUAGCAGCUAGAUUGCAUGUUGAUGUGCGAACAGGCCUGAGAUGGCAGGAGGCUGAUCAAAGAAGGCAAUUAACAGGUUUCAAUGAAUUUACUGUAAAAGAAGAAGAUCCACCAUGGAAAAAAUAUAUUGAACAGUUUAAGAAUCCAUUGAUUCUUCUCUUACUUGCUUCUGCACUUGUAAGUGUCUUUAUGAAACAGUUUGAUGAUGCUGUUAGUAUUACUGUGGCUAUCAUAAUAGUGGUAACAGUUGCAUUUGUACAGGAAUAUCGCUCAGAAAAAUCCUUAGAAGAAUUAAAUAAAUUGGUACCACCGAUAUGUCACUGUUUAAGAGAGGGCCAUGUAGAAACAUUUCUUGCGCGUAAUUUAGUUCCUGGUGAUAUAGUGUAUCUGAAUAUCGGGGACAGAGUACCUGCCGAUAUUAGAAUAUUUGAGGCUAUAGAUCUGGCAAUCGACGAGAGCAGUUUUACUGGUGAAAUCGAGCCAGCGCAAAAGUCGACAGCUCCGUUGCUCAAGAUCAAUGGGUUGACAUCGAAAAAGAACAUCGCUUUUAUGGGCACUUUGGUACGCUGCGGAAACGGCAAAGGAAUUGUAGUGAAUACGGGAGUAAAGAGUGAAUUUGGGGAGGUUUUCUCGAUGAUGCAAGCUGAGGAGGCUCCAAAGACUCCACUACAGCGAAGCAUGGACAUUUUAGGUACUCAGCUGUCCUUCUAUUCGUUUUGCAUUAUCGGUAUCAUUAUGCUGCUAGGCUGGAUUCAAGGUAAGGCUAUCCUUGAAAUGUUUACCAUUGGUGUAAGCUUGGCAGUAGCAGCUAUUCCGGAAGGUUUGCCUAUCGUUGUAACUGUGACACUGGCAUUGGGAGUUAUGAGAAUGGUUAAGAGAAAAGCCAUUGUAAAAAAAUUACCAACUGUGGAGACUCUUGGCUGUGUAAAUGUGAUAUGUUCCGAUAAGACUGGCACGAUUACGAAAAACGAGAUGACCGCCACGAUUCUAGUGACAUCGGAAGGUUAUAUCGCGGAUGUCACCGGUGCUGGAUACAACGGCGUGGGAGAAGUGCAUAUACGGAAAUGCGAUAAUACCGAUCUAGCGCGUGUCGCUAUUAGUAACAUGCUGGAAGUAGGCUGCGUGUGUAACAACGCUAUUAUACAGAAUGAAACUUUACUAGGACAGCCGACGGAAGGCGCGUUGAUAGCCGUGGCAAUGAAAUUCGGAAUGUACGGCGUCGCCGAUAAAUAUCUGCGAUUACAGGAAUAUCCGUUUUCGUCCGAACAGAAAAUGAUGGCUGUAAAAUGCACACCUAAGUUCGGUGAGAAUAGACAAGAGAUAUACUUUGUGAAAGGUGCUUUGGAGAAGAUUUUGCCGCAAUGUACUAAGUAUUACGAGAACGGCCAGGUGUAUCCUCUUAGUCAGAAGAAGGAUCAAGAAUUCUUGACGGAAGCAUAUGACAUUGGUCAGCAAGGAUUGAGAGUGAUUGGUUUGGCACGUGGUUCCUCAUUGCAAGACCUGAUAUAUGUCGGUCUUGUUGGUAUUUGCGAUCCACCAAGACCACAUGUACGCGAAUCUAUCAGUAUCUUAAUAAACAGCGGUGUUAAAGUAAAAAUGGUUACUGGUGAUGCCAAGGAAACUGCAGUUGCAAUAGCUAGCAUGAUCGGGCUGGAUACGCUUCACAGUCGACUGUUAUCAGGAGACGAAAUCGACAUGAUGUCCGAACAUCAACUAGAACAAUGUAUUAAUAAUGUUAGUGUAUUCUAUCGAGUGACACCAAAGCACAAGCUUUGCAUCGUAAAAGCUUUACAGAGGAACGGUAAUAUAGUUGGCAUGACCGGUGAUGGCGUAAACGAUGGAGUCGCGUUAAAGAAAGCUGAUAUAGGUAUCGCUAUGGGCAAAAACGGCACUGACGUUUGCAAGGAAGCAGCCGAUAUGAUUUUGGUUGAUGAUGAUUUUGAAACCAUCAUUGCAGCAAUUGAAGAAGGCAAGGGAAUCUUUCAUAAUAUACGCAAUUUCGUGAGGUUCCAAUUAAGUACUAGUAUAGCCGCACUUUCUCUGAUUGCUCUUGCAACGUUGAUGAGCAUACCGAAUCCCUUAAAUGCUAUGCAAAUUCUAUGGAUCAAUAUUAUCAUGGACGGUCCGCCUGCUCAAAGUCUUGGAGUAGAGCCGGUUGAUAAGGACGUUCUGAAGCAAAAGCCGCGAAACACAAAAGAGCCUAUGAUUACACGUCAUCUUAUAAUUAAUGUUUUAUUGUCAGCAAGUAUCAUUAUUCUUGGUACUUUGUGGGUCUACAACAGAGAGAUGGUUAAUGGAAAUACGGCAAGAGAUACUACUAUGACAUUUACUUGUUUUGUGUUCUUCGAUAUGUUUAAUGCUCUUAGUUGUAGAUCGCAGACAAAAUCCAUAUUUACAAUUGGUCUGUGGAGUAAUAAAAUGUUCCUGGUAGCUGUAACGUUAUCCGUUAUCGGACAAAUGCUCGUAAUUUACUUUCCUCCGUUACAGAGAAUAUUUCAGACUGAAGCUCUUACAGCGAAAGAUCUUUUAUUUUUGGCGGCGUUGACGUCCAGCGUGUUCGUGAUCAGUGAGAUAAAGAAAUUCGUCGAGAGACAGUUGCACAGACGCCGCGUCAACGGCCAGUAUUACAACAAGUUCGAAAUGGAUUUCGUAUGACAGUUACAGUGUGCCAGCGAAAGCAAGGCGAAUAAAAAUCAUAAUGAAUAAAGCGCAUCAAUUAUAUUUGCUCGACAUCACUAUGCAGUCGAUCACAUAUUCGUUUCUACCAAAUCAUUACUUUUCGCUAACUCGCAUCUGCUCGACUAUGCUUGCGCAUAUGUAAUUCCGUAACUUUAUCAUGUACACUUUAUACACACACGCAUGCGUUAUCACGCAUAACGGAAAGUAAUCACCUUAAACGAUAGAGUUUCUACGUUUUUCAAUUACGCAGUGAUUACAAAUAAUCUGGAUUCUAUUUUCAUCGCGUUUUUUGCAUGUUCAGCGCACAUAUAGAGAAAAAAAGAAAACCACUUCUCGACAAUGAUAUGCAGUAGAUUAUAUUAUAUCUUAGAUUUACAUUUUAUUAUUGUCUUUACAAUCGUGAAUAAUGACAAAUUAUUGUUUUAUAUGGAUGAUGAUAUUGGCGUUAUUGCACAUUCCAUGGAUAUUUGAUAAAUCAAUAUUUUUUAACGAUUCUAUAUAUAUAUAUACACACAAACACAUACACACACACACAUAUGUACAAUAUUAUUAUUCGUAGACUAACUCGAAACAAUGUUUACACUUUAAUCAAUGUAGAUCUAUAUCUAAGAUUUUUUUCUAAAACCAAAAAAUAAUAUAACGAGUUUUAUGAUAAACGCGAUUAAAUCGCGUUCAUUCACUGUCUGUCAAUUGGUAGAAGAGAAGCAUCUCUCGUGUGUCAUUUUAUUAGUAAGUUACAUAGAGUUACGAACGUGUAUUUGUAGUUCUUGAAACGAAGUCAUACGAAUCGAUUGCAUUUAAGAGUAGUUGUAAUUGGCGAAAAUUAAACGCGCGUGUACGAUGUUCUUCAUAUAUUCUAUGAUUUUAUUCGAUUGCGAAAUGACGUGCUUUUAAUGGCAAGAUGUAAUUACAAAUUGCGCUACAACGAACAAAUGAAGCAUUUCUCUAAUUAGCGUAGUAGUAAGUCUAUAAUUUGACCAACAACAACAACAAAACUUUGUUAUUUCGUUGUCUUAUCAACAAAAAAAAAAGGAUUCACAUCUUGUAUUAUGCUAAUGAUAUAACUCCAAUUGAUAUCUUUGUACAAAGUAUAUAAACAAUUAAUUGUGUACAGUUUAUCUGAGAAUGUUACCAUUUAUUCGUUAUAUGCAUACAACAAUGUUUCACACACAUUGUAUUUCUGAUAAGUUUGAUCUAAAUAAGUAUAUUAAUAAAUUAUAUUAAUAAAUUCCUUCAAGAAGA